AGGCACCUGAACGUAAACUGGAGUUCAGUGUUCUACUAUCGAUGUGAAUUAGUAGAAUUCUUGCUUGUGGAAGACUUCGCUUGUGGUACUGAAACCAGCUUUGUCUGACAACAUUAUGGCUCAGUAUUGCUUAAGUUGUAAAGGAUACUACUACAACCUGAAACAGUGUUCCGGGUGUAAAACUGCGCUAUAUUGCUCGAGAGGUUGUCAGCGAGAACACUGGCCGUGGCACAAAGCCAGUUGCAAUGGCAAACGGUCUCACCAACGCAAAUCCGCUGAAUCGUCGAAACAAGUUAAACAGCCGUGCUCAAACUGCAUGACGUGUAUUGGAGUCUUCACAAGAUGUACUGGCUGUAAGACUGCAGCGUACUGCUCAAAAUCCUGCCUGCUGGAGCACUGGCCAAAACACAAAGCUAGCUGUAUACGGCCUACUCAAAAUACCAACAAGGGUUUUCCGAAUCAAGGUCAACAGUGCGCAAACUGUAAAACAAUUGGCGGAGAACUGAAGAAGUGCACUGGUUGCAAAACUACAGCCUACUGUUCAAAAUCAUGCCAGCAAGCACACUGGCCCAGACACAAAGCCAGUUGUAAACGAGGUCCUCAGAACGGCGACACUGAUUCUUCGGAUCAAGUUCAACAGUGCGCAAACUGUAAAGUCUAUGACGAAGAUUUGAAGAAAUGUACCAAAUGCAGGACUGCAUCUUAUUGCUCAAGGGGCUGUCAGGAAGAUCACUGGCCACAACACAAAUCUACCUGUGAAAAUAUCAAAAAGGCUAGUCGCAUCAACGGUAGAAAGCCUGCAUCGCCUACAAACAGCUCUGGAUAUGGGCGUGACAUUGGGAAACGCUCGAGAAGAUCGGAGGAACUGUAUCCCUCAGUGGAUAUUUUCCUGCCGCCAGUCUCUCCCCCAGAUCCUGAAGAGUUCUCUUGUUUGAUGGAAACGUGGCUGGGGUUUCCCCGUAACCGGAGGUUUUUUGAACUUAAUUCAGGAGAACGGUUUACGUUCAUCACAGACUCCUUAGACGUCCCAAUGGAGAGUCGUCACAGGUCGUUGCAGGAAGAGCGAAAUACAGUCUUCAUUGCUAAAAUCGUGUCCAUGGGCGCACAGUGGAAACAGCACGGGAUACUUGUAAUGGGUGAUGACGAGCCGGUUUUUUUCCAAAGGCUAGCACAUAUUGUCCAGUUUUACAUACCUGGGAUGAAUCCGUUUCCGUUUUUUAAAUGGACUGAUGCUGUCCCCGGUAACUACAUAUGCAUUCGGGCUCCUAUGCUUCACAGAUUUCCAAAUGGACAAACUGGAUUCCGAAUAAAUCACGCCAGUCACGUUCGCAUCUUGUCUGCAUCCUGGCAACUGAUUUUUGGUAUAUAGUACCGUAAACCGUAGGCCUCUACGAGCCCGGUCUCUCCGGCUGAUGGGCCUGUAUCCGCAAAUGACCUUUAUCAAAAUGGUUUAAUUAGAACAUAACAAAUGACAAGGAUACGGCAAAAAGCACAAGGUAGUUACCGAACAUUUAUUUAAGAAGUAUAUGUCCUGCCCGAAGAACAUAAACCCCUUCCCACCUAUCAAGACGGCCCACAGCUGUGAACUCAUUUGUUCUUUCCUUUAUUACGUCAUAAUUACUGGUGCACGUGUGCUUAUAAAACAUGUAUGAAGUACACAUGUACCGCACAGUCUAUUUUCAUGUGAACCUUCUAUGUAGCUCGUCCCCCAGUCGCCCUUUAAGAGGAGUGUAAAACUGUUCCCAGUUCUUGUAUGUCUGCUCUUCGUCCAGUGUGAAUGGCCUCUGGAGCAAUGUGACCAAAAUAGACAACACGAUACUGAGAAACUGUGAGAAUAAAAUUGUCGUCAGCAAAUCAUGACCGGUUCCAUUACUUCUCGUUGAGCCUUUUGUCAGGGUUCUAUGUAACACGUCGUUAUACGCUUGUUGAUUAGCAUCUUGAAGAGAUUUGAACC